GGCGCAUUCGCAAUCGCGACGCGCGCCUGCACAGCGCUGAGCGGCUGGCAAGCAAAUACCGCUUUGCGCUCGACGCGUUCAGUACACUUCUGACGCGCGUUUUUUGCGGCCGUCCGUCACGACGCACAGCUACCUCAAUUUUCAUUUAUUAUAAAACUACUUUAAUGUAUCGUUUUGCGAAAGUAGAGCGAGCGCGUACACUUAUCGCCACAGCGGCCGAGUGACAAGACAAAACUUAACUUAUCUAUCUAGUGUGGCGUAGUAAGGCGUAGACAAGGCGACAAUUAACCCUAGCAUGCGCCUGACUGCCACUACAGUCGUACAUACACAGCGCUAGCAUGCGCCGACAGUAGCAAGAAGAAAGAGAAAAAUAAACGAGCGUAAUGUAUGGAAAACACAAGUGAAUAAUCGCUUCAAGAAUUCGUUCUAAACGUGGUGGUGGCAAGGUCGAAAAUGUAUGUAAGCGUUUUUUAACACAAUAUACAUACACUUAUUUUUAAUAGAAUCUGAUUAAUUUUAACUCUAAAAAUAAUCACAGACUCAAGGAAGCUAUAUUCUAUACGCAAAUAAAGUCUAAAUAUAUGCAAUCGUCAGAAAGAUAAGAAAACUGAGGAAUAUGUGCUAUCAUUAAAAAAUAAAAGAUAUGACAAGUGACAAAAAGUGAUAUAAAUGGCUGUGCAAUAGAGUGUUUAUAUACACAAAAUCUAAAUACUCAUAAAGUAUAUAAAAAGUAGUGCAAAACACGAAAAAAUACAGAAAAUACUAAUAACAUUUGUUUAGAGUGGCAGCUGCUCGCUCCACGAGCGUUUUUUGUGUUCUUAUGAAAACGUCUCAGUUUUGGCGCAGUCUUAAAGCCAAAGUGUCAACAACGAGCGUAAAUAUUCGUUUCGUAACAAAAACGAAUUGGCCGUAAAAUACUAUCAGUGAUAACAACAGCAAGCGCUAACAACAACAAAAACAACGACGACGACGACGAAUUAACAACAGGAAAACAGCAAAAAUAUUUAAUUAACGACCGGCGCUGCCUCGAAUACAACAACGACAGCAACAACAAUGGUUAAAGACAGACUGCCGGAGCUGCUACAGCGCUCCAGCAGCGUGCUGUCCACCGUCUCCGGCACGAAUGGUUCGGCAUUAUUUCAGCGCUCCAGCAACGUCGAGCUCAAAUUCGCAGAGAUGAGUGCCCCCAUGGACGCCAUACUCAAUCCGUAUUCGGAGAUACGAGUACAAUUGGCACAAAUCUCCGCCAAUUUGGAGACAAUGAGUCGAAUGGUGCAAACAAUAAAUAUACGAAAUUUCAAUGAAAAGGAAAUGGAUGAACUGCGCACACAGAAUUUAAAAAUGGGUAAUCAGCUGAUGAACAAAUUCAAAGAAUUCAAAGCGAACAUGCCGCCUGAGAACGAUUUCACAUUGGAGGCGCGCAUGAAGCGAACGCUCUUCUAUGGUCUCUAUCAGAGUUACAUACAAAUAUGGACGAGAAACGAAGAGUUCCUGCAAUUAUACGAACGCAAGCUAAAGAAAAAUUUGGAAAUGCAUUCGAAAAUCAUGAACUGCAAUUCCACUGAAGACGAAAUUGAAGAACUGAUAGCAAAUAAGACGACGAACCUUUUUGUUGGCAAUAUUCUAGAAGAAACCGAAAAUGAACGACGCACACUUCGUGAUUUAAUGGAUCGCUUCAAUGAGCUUAAGAAACUGGAAAAGUCCAUUGAAGAUGUGCACGCUUUAUUCCUGCGUAUACAAACACUCGUAAUGGAACAGAGUGAAACGAUAAAUCGCGUUGAAUUUGUCGCGCAACAAGCGACGCACUUUGUGGAUAAGGGUCAACAUAAGUUGGAAAAAGCGGAAUCGCUGAAAAAGAGAGCUUUAAAGAAGAAGUUUUGGCUCAUUGGCAUCGCGUUGGCUGUGUUAAUUGUAUUAAUAUUAAUUGGUAUAUAUUUAUGAUCUAAAGACAAAUAUAUUUAUUUUAAAUACAAAACGCACGACACCUUUUCACUUCAACGAAGUUUCAAACCGGAACUUUUUGACAGUUAGCAAAGGAAGAGGAAAAAUAGCGGCAGUUGGUGAAUAACUCAGCGUCGUGUUGAAUAUUAGAUAUAGUGCUGCCACUUAUUUGGCAGAAACUUUGCUUAGCAAAUAUGAAAUAAAUGA